AUGGUACAAUGCUUUGCUUGCCUGCUCUGCAGUGGACUGUCCCAGAGUUUGCACAGUGCAGGACCAGACCCUGUUGCAAGGCUGAGCUGGUUGCUGUUCUGUUCCCCAACAGAUCUUCGAUGCGGUGCUUCGCUCUCAGACUCCAACAAAGCAUUAAAGAUUGACCUCAAUUCAAAUGCAAACUGUGUCUGGCACAUUCAGAGGAGUGAUAAUCAAACAAUUAGGCUCAUCUUCUCGUAUUUCAAAUUCAAUCCUUCCUCAAGCUGUGAAACAGAAAAUAUUGAAGUCUAUGAUGGUCCCUCACCUAAUUCACCUCUUCUUGGACAAGUAUGUAACAACACUGACGCCGUCCCAGUGUUCCAGUCAUCUUCAAACAGUCUGACUUUUCUCAUUACAACAAACUCUGUGGAUUUCACACGAAACUUCUUUGUCUUCUAUUACUUCUUCUCACCAGAAACAGCAGUUGAAAACUGUGGGGGAAACUUGACUGGUCCCAGUGGGACAUUUACCAGCCCCAACUACCCAGCAGCUUACCCUGAAUUUACCUAUUGUGUCUGGCACAUACAGACUACAGAAAACUCGAAGAUAAGCUUAGAAUUUCAGGAUUUGUUCCUGGAACUAGAUCAGCACUGCCAGUUUGAUUUUCUGGCAGUCUACGACGGCCUCACCACUAACACUGGCCUAAUUGGAAAAGUAUGCGGUAUUUCUCGGCCCACGUUUGAAUCUUCUUCAAAUGUCAUGACAGUCGUGCUGUCUACAGACUAUGCCAACUCCUACAGAGGGUUUUCUGCUCAAUAUACCAGCAUUCUGCCAAGUCUCCCAGAGCCUGACACAUCCCUUACAUGCUCUUCAGACAGAAUGACAAUUGUUCUGAGCAAGGCUUACCUGGACUCCCUUGGCUAUAAUGAAACUCACCUGCAGCUCAAUGACCCAUCCUGCAGGCCAGUUACAACAGACCAAGUGAUCUUGUCCUUUCCUUUAAACAGCUGUGAAACAACUAAGGAGGAGGAAGAUCAGAGCAUCACUUACACCAACAUCAUAACUCUCUCUGAAAGUGGCAACAUCAUCACCCGCAAAAAGACUGUCCAGAUCGUUGCAAAAUGCAUAAUGGAAAAGAAUUCAACCCUAGAAGUCAUUUAUGUAACAGAAAACAAUGUAAUCCAGAACACAACCUCUGUGGGAAUAUACAACGUUAGCAUGUCAUUCUAUGAUUCUGAUUCAUUCUCCAACCCUGUACUUGAGUCCCCCUAUUAUGUAGACUUGAACCAAACUCUUUUUGUUCAAGUCAGCCUUCAUUCCACUGACCCAGACCUUUUGGUGCUCAUUGAUACCUGCACAGCAUCUCCACAGUCUGAUUUUGGAUCAAUAACAUAUGACUUGAUUAGAAGUGGCUGUAACAAAGAUGACACUGUGGUAACAUAUCCACCCCUGGAGCACUAUGGAAGAUUCAGAUUUAAUGCCUUCAGGUUCCUGAGGAGAGCUCCAUCAGUUUAUCUCCAGUGUGAUGUUUUAAUUUGUGACAGCAACAACGUGAACUCUCGCUGUACCGAAGGCUGUGUCUCCAGGCACAAGAGGGAUACUUCUCCAUUCACUUGGAAAACCAAGGCUGUAGUAGGUCCUAUCCGCCUGAAACGAGACCGCAGGGCUGCUGAGCAUCUAGAAUCCCUCACUAGGACAGAUGCUGAAGAAACCUCAAACCUACAAGACAGCUUCUACGCUCUUUCAUUUGUGGUUUUGAUUUCAAACGUUAUCACUGUGGUAGCUGUGGCACUAAAAUGUCACAAUAAAUGCCUAUCGAGAUAUAGCUACCAAAAAAUCCAAAGUUGA